UCCGUUCUUUCUAUAUACAGUACCACGUCCUAAAGGUCUGAAAUCUAUAGAAAGUAGGGCCUAUUCAUCGUUAAUUUAUAGAUAGGGGCCUAUAAUUGGCAUGGUAAUCGGCAGUGACGCAGGACAGGUGCGGUACAGUACCGUAUUUUUGCCAUGCAUGGAGUAUUGACCCAUGCUGAGCCGAGCUCUUUCAGAUUUUUGGAUUCCCAUUGUAGAAUGGUAGAACCCAUUCAAAGGAAUCUCUUUUGGCUAUUCUUUACCGCUGUCGUCAAUAAAAGAAUCCUUUAAGUUGCAAAUCCAGAUAAGUAGUUAUAUUGUAACAGUUUUAAUAGGCCAGGUGUCAAAACCUGUAGGCCUAGGUUUCCUCUGUCAGAACGACGAAAUACUGUAAUCGACUAUGGGGAGCUGUGCGGCAGUUCACUACAAAGUAGCUAUUGUCCUUACUGGUGUAGUCACUCUUGUCAUGCUUAUUAUUAUGUGUAUUGUAUAUGUACACCCGUAUAACAAAACUAAGGACUUUGAGGAGGGUGAGUGUACCGUAUUGUCGCACUACAUCAAAAUACUGUAUGAUAAAGAAUGCAAUUGUUAUCAGGUGGACGAUUCCUCAUAUUCUUCGACCACUUAUUGCGACUACGGUGAUUUUGAGUGCCUCAAAAUAUUUGUGUCAUUUUUUGAUAACCAGAGGAACAGAACAGCAUUGUUGUAUGAAAGUGACAAGUCAUUUGCUAGUGACAGCGAGUGUAGUUAUCCGGUGUGCGACACCUACGACCCAGAUUAUAUUUAUACAGCGACUGGUAAAUAUAAGGAAGAUCAGGACUAUCUUAACUUUCGUGACAAAUACACAGAGACUGGGGCUAGCUUCUAUUGUCACUAUCACCCGGUGAAGGCAGAAGCAAUAAUACAACGUCUGGUAACCAAAAAACAAGCAAUUUCAAGCACGUUGGGGACAUUAUGUGCAGGGGCGAUUCUGAUGGCGCUAAUCGCACUGGCUUGUGUGAUAUGGAGAAGAAAUUGAUUGGAAUACUGUUAGUUACUAUUGCCGUCUUGAUUCCAUAAAAUCACUACACACGCCAUCGACAACAGUGGACAGUACGCAGUGUUACGACUGCACUGAAAACAAUGUGAGUAUAGCGAUUGAAUGGAAGGCAGACAAACGGGGGCCUGUAGUGGAGCUGCCGUAUAGCUUGAUGGAAAAGUCGUCUUUCCCAGGUCUGUAGGAUGCAGUCCUAUUAUUUCCUGAACACCUUAUUUCCUCACCACCAAAACUCAUGAGCAUUUUUAUGAUACUUUGUUUAUAGCUCAGUGAAAAAUUUGAACAUCAAUCGUUGUAGAAAGGGCAGUAGGCCUAAUUUCAUGAAAUAUUAGGUGUUCAUUCGCACGUUAUAAUUGUAAUGAAAUUGAAUUACUUAUAUUGUAUGGAUGGCGAACUCAGGGAUGAAUUUUGGCUGUAGGCCUAUAUAAGAUGACUUAUUUUAGAAAAACCACGUUAAUGGGGCAAACUUAAGGUUCGCUAGUGAUAACAUUCGAAUACACUCUACCAGUCUAGUCAUAAAAAAGCAAUGUGAUACAAAGGUUUUGCUAAUCAUAAUGAGAAAAUGGGUCUCCUAAUCAUAUGUAAGAAUGGGGAGCCCACAAUCCCUCGAGGACAAAAAAACCCCUAUGUAAUAAUUACUGAUUAUGACUGUAGAUUAAAAAAUUCAUGAGAUUCUGAGGGCGUCAGUCCCUGGACCCAUUUCGGGGGGGGGGGGCCUCCUAGCCCCUCCCACUUAUUUCCCCUUCAUGACUAGCGAACCUUUUUCGUAUAUUAUACUAGCUAGUGAACUUAAAGUUUAUUUAUGAAAGCGAAUCUAUUUGUUACGAUGAGUAACGCUUAUGUAAGAUAGCCUUAUGUAACACUAUUACCGGUACAUCAGAACAAAAACACACAGUACUUCUAAGAAAUACAAUUUUUGAGCAUGAUGUAGUUCACUGCGUAGACGACAGCUCACGUUCAGUAAUUUUUUAUAUAGUCAAGUACUGUCUGUGUUUUUUUUACUGAUUUAAUCCUUAUGUCUAGUUAACUUUGUUUAAAAAUUAUUGAUAUUAACCUUAUAAAUAAUUGCCUUUGUGAGCCCUCUUUGGGCCCAAUCUAUUUUGAAUUCUUGGGUCCGCCACUGAAAAGCGAACAUUAUGAAUAGCGGAUUAACAUUUACAUGAUCCAAAAACUCACUGGAGUCAUAGUAUAGAGCCAAUGCGUUUUGAUAGAUAUACCUUAGAUUACUAAAAUGAGACUGACGCGUAGGCUUACUACUAACCAAGUGUUAUAUUAUUUGUGUAAAAACUAAUAUGAGUGUUGAGUGUCUUAUUUUUAUAUAAAGCCUAUUCGUAUAAUAUAUCUGUUUUGCAAUAAAAUUACAUAGUAAAGAA